AUGAUGGCAACGAUUCACAUUCCUGCAUUUGCUAGUUUGAAAGGCAGGCAGCAGGAUCUGAUGAAUAACAGGCAUAAAAAUUACAAAUUAGGGUUCCUAUGGGUUGUUGUGUUGCUUUCACACAGCAUCUACUCAUUUAGUUGGUUAUUCUCUACACGAAAAGUUGAUUCUUACGAGAAGCCUUCAUCUCAUGCUGAAUUUUCCAUGGAAUCAUUGAGUAGCAAGAAGGGAAUCUCAUUGGUUGAAAAAGCCAAGAGAAAGGUCGCUAUGCCUAAUUCUUGUUGGCAAAAUGCAUAUGGAAAUUUAUUUGCAGGAUGCUCAGAGAUUCUAGCAGGUGAAGAACAUCGGUCUAGAUUAGCUUGGCAUCUUAGUGAUUGCUUUCAGAAGGACACUGGGAGGCCUCCUUUCCCUUUUUGUGAUGUCAAAAAUCCAAUUGUCAAUUGCCUCAAAAUUUUAGAUAAGACUGCUCAUACCAUUUAUCUUGAGUUUUAUCUUGAAACCAACUCCAUUUGUCAUCAAUUACAGACGGAUGCAUUCAAGAGACAAACAGAAAGAUUGGUGAAUGAACUAAAAAAAUCUGCUGAAUAUGCAGAGGACAAAUUAGAGAGAAUAGAAAACCAGGCUGAAGGAUUGUUGCAUACUUCAGAUCAUAUUCAACAAUCUUUAUCUUCCAUUGAUGUCCAAACACAACAAGUGUCUCAAACAUCAAGAAACAUCCAAGAACAUGUUGGUGUUGUGUUACAGUAUUCCCAAUCGGUUUACAAUCAAUCCGUGAAACUAUCGGAUUCUCAAAUGGAACUUCGCGAUGGACAAAUAAAAAUGAAUGAAAGACUGGGUGAAGGAAUGAUGAUGUUGAAUGAAUCAACGAAUAGGAUUGGGGAAGAAAUGAAGAAUUUAAGAAAUGAAGCGGUUGAAAUAGAAAAAGAAAUUGGUAAAGUUGGAGAUGCGAUGUUUAUGAAGAUGAAUAGGUUACAAAGUAAGGCUGAUGAUAUUGAGAAUAUAGCUGAAACUUCAUUAGACAAACAAAAACAACUUAUUGAUAGUCAGACUGCUGCCCUUGAGGUUCUUCAUACUGUCACUAGCUUUCAGUCCCAAGCUCUAGAAGAAAGCAGGGGAACUUUGCAACAGUUGAUUGAGCUUGGUCAAAGUCAACAAAAGGAACUCAUACAAAGGCAACAACAACUUAAAGCAGCUCAUGAUGAUCUAGUUAUGAAUUCAAAAAGCAUAUUGGCUGCUCAAGAAACUUUUGAGUCGAAGCAAGCAAGCAUGUUUCUUGCAAUCGAAAAGCUUUUUGAUUUGCACAAUGCAAUUUUGUUGGAAUCACGGGUUAUUAAAUCUUUUCUUGUAUAUUCUAUAUUAAUUUUCACGCUCUAUAUGUUUACAAGUACAAAGCAAACCUACAACGUGAGAUCCAGGCUCUAUAUAGGGUUAUGUGUGACAUUCUUGAUUGAAUUUAUGGUGCUUCGGUAUGGAAAUGAGAUUGAACAACAGGCAUGGAUUAUCAGCAUUGUUAGGUUAAUAUUUGUGUUUCUCGCAUCAUGUCAACUUCUUUAUGCCAUUUACACAUUCAGAGACUAUGAGACACUGAACCAUCAGAUGCUACAAUCACUAAUUGAGAAGGUUAAUGGCAUGCAAGGAAAUAAACAAUCUUUAUGUGAUGAUGAUGAUGAUGGUGAUGAUGAUGAUGAUGUGGAUUGGUCUUCAUGGGUCGACACUGAUUUACCUGAAGAUGAAUCGGAAGAUCUUGACUAUAAGCUUCCGGAAGAAGUUGGAGAGGCUUCAAUCACCAAUUUAGUUUCCAGGCAAUAUACUCUACGUCACCGUAAUCUAUAAAUACCUUACAUGCGCUCGAUUAAAUGUAAUUGUAUUUUAUUGGGCUACUUAUUAAACUUUCUUUAAGUGUCAGUUACAUAUUUUUGUAUUAAAA